AUGGAGGUCGUCUACCUCGGCGUAGCUCUCGUGUCCUUGUGUGCCGUGCUUCUUUCCAGCCGCAGACGCAGGCGCUCGGCAAUGAACGAGCCGCCGGGGCCGUGGCAGCUGCCGGUGAUCGGCAGCCUGCACCACCUCGUCGGGCAGCUCCCCCACCGCGCGAUGCGUGACCUAGCGCGGCGCUACGGGCCGGUCAUGCUCCUCCGGCUCGGCGAGGUGCCCACGCUGGUGGUGUCGUCCCGGGAGGGUGCUCGUGAGGUGACGAAGACCCACGACUUGGCGUUCGCGACGCGGCCUCUGAGCGCCACAGCGCGUGUGCUCACCAACGGCGGCCGGGACAUUGUGUUCGCACCGUACGGUGACCAUUGGCGCCAGGUUAAGAAAAUCGCCGUCUUCGAGCUCUUGUCGGCGCGGCGCGUCACGUCCUUCCGCGCCAUCCGCGAGGAGGAGGUCGCCGCCGUGCUCCGCGAUGUCGCCGAGGCCGCGGCGGCCACGCGCUCCGUGGAGCUGCGCGCGUGCCUCUCCGCGCUCGGCAUCGACAUCACGGUCCGCGCCGUCAUGGGUGACCGGUUCAAGGAGCGCGAUGUGUUCCUCCACGCGCUCGACCGCUCCACGAAGCUCGUGGCGGGGUUCAACCCGCCGGCACAGGACCUAUUCAGUGCCGGCAGUGAGACAACUACGCUAGAGUGGGCAUUCGCAGAGCUGAUGAGGAACCCAAAGGUGAUGCACAAGGCAACCACCGAGGUUCGGCGAGCCUUCAAGGCCCACGGCACCGUAGCGGAGCACCGCCUCGACGAGCUCCCGUACAUGCGCCUGGUCAUUCGGGAGGCGCUGCGGCUGCACAUGCCCACGCCGUUGCUCCUCCCGCGGGAGUGCCGGGAGCCAUGUCAGGUGCUCGGGUAUGACGUCCCCCAGGGCACGCAGGUGCUAGUCAACGUCUGGGCAUUGGGCCGUGACAAGCGAUACUGGCCUGACAGGCCGGAGGAGUUCCGGCCAGAGCGGUUCAAGGACGAGGAUGCUGUGGACUUUAAGGGUAACGACUUCUCUUUCCUGCCGUUCGGCGCAGGCCGGAGGAUGUGCCCUGGGAUAGCGUUCGGCCUUACCAACAUUGGGCUCGCACUCGCGAGCCUGCUGUUCCACUUCGACUGGGAGGGUCCAAGUCCAGACGAAUUGGACAUGACUGAAGCGUUUGGCGUUACAGCGCGGCGGAAGGCCGGCCUCCUCCUGCGCCCUGUUCUCCGUGUGCCCGUUCCCUUCCCGGAGUCUACUCCACCGGCAGGCAACGGAGAUCGUUAG